ACGCAUUCUCAAAGUGGCCUGAAGUUAUGAAGACAAUCACCACAACCACUACAGCUACCAUUUCGAUGCUGCGAAGCAUCUUUGCACGUUUUGGCAUGCCUGAAAAACUAGUCAGCGAUAACGGAGCCCAAUUUACAAGCGACACGUUUAAAGAUUACUGCAAGCAAAGUGGCAUUGAACAUAUUAAAACACCGCCGUUUCACCCACAGUCUAAUGGGCAAGCAGAGCGCUUUGUGGAUACUAUGAAAAGAGCCCUGAAGAAAAUCCAAUCAGAGGAUAUGUCCACUGAAACGGCACUCGACACCUUCCUGCAAACAUAUCGCUCAACUCCGCACCCUGCACUUAACCAACGCACGCCAGCUGAAGUUUUAUUUAAUCGAAACAUUAGAAUUCCCUUAGAUCUGAUACGCUCAACUACAACAACACAUUCCGAAGUCGACCAACGAGAUGAUCAGCAACCGCCAGCAGCUAGACAGUUUCAACCUGGAGAUGCUGUCUAUAUGAAACAUUAUUCGCGCAAUGCUUGGCAGUGGAUUCCCGGAAUGGUAUCGAAACGGAUCGGAAGCGUAAUGUACGAGAUUAUCACCGAUGGACAUCGCCCUCAUCGUCGACAUGCCAAUCAAAUGCGCGCACGUACAUCGAGUGGCCGAGGACAUCUUGCCGGCGACUCAACUAAGCAUUAGCUGCCGCUUGAUAUUCUUACGGAAGUGGCACCGACACUGUGGGCAACGACACCAAAGGCACCGAUACCCGUGGAACGGAACAACGAUCCGUCCAGCACAUCACAACGUUUUUCUUCCGAUAGGUCCCCAACGCAGCAGAUUGUACAGCCUCUACCAUCUGCAUCCGAGACCAGCAUCAGACAGCCGAUACAACCGCCACGCCGAUCUUUUAGGCUCAGAAGACCUCCGCGUAGGCUCGAUGGAUAUCGGCUAUACUAAAAAGGGGGAGAUGUUGUGACCCGACCUGCCGAACUUGCGAUCGCCGUUAUUGCAGUCACUCACCGCUGACAGUCCUGCCAGCGUGUUGAUGUGUUAGUGAGAGCGGUUCGGCAGGAUAGGGCAAUGAUCGCUCGCCAGGCCAACGAACGGGAGCGAUGGUGCCGAACACGUUGG